CUUGGAUCCCCGUUCGUCUGUUUCGUUUUACCACUCAGCUGUGUUGCUGUGUUGUUGUGAUAAGACAACGGCGCAUGUGUGUGUGUGCUGGCUGGCUGGCUGCUGCAUCCUCCAACUGCAACCCAUCAGCAAAUUUCCCCCUCGACACUACACGAUUGGUAUCUGUCUCUCCAUCCAUCGUGUACCGUACCACUCCCUCCCUCACCAGGUAGAGAGAGAGAGAGAGAGACAGAGGUACAUACACACCGAGUAUCCACACAGAGCCCGUAACGCGUCCAGUCGCGAGCCAGUGGGCUCUAUAGGACCAGACAGGCUACUUUACCUAGGUAGGUAGACGACCGACGGAGAAGCCCUGCAGCCAGACAGACGCCAGACACCAGGGAGCGGCGGCCGUUCGUAGAGUGCCUGCAUCGCCAGGCAUUGCACCAUCCGCUCGCGUGGCCAUCCCGUCCAGCAUCAUCGCAUCGCCUUGCACACGGGGCAUCGAGACAUCAUCCCGACAUCAUCCCACCUCGAUACUGUUCUGAGCCCAAGCGCGCGACGAGAUUCGCUAGGUCGUCCGGCUUGCGCGUGCGUGAGUGCAGGGGGACUGCAAGGAAAACAAACAGCUGACAGCUCUUUGCUUCAAUCAACAGUCUACCCGGGAACGAUACCAUUCACCUAAUACCUACAUCCUCGUCUGGCUCAGUCCUCUGCGCAAAUACGAUCGCUACGACGACGACGACGACGACGACAACGAAGAAGAAGAAGAAGAAGACGACGACGACGACGACUCCCUCUACUCUACUAGUCUAUCGCUACCAUACCCAACAAUGAUGUCGAAUCCUCCUCUAUCCGGCGUCACUCGCCCACGGCAGCGGCUACAUCGGCGUCAAAAUUCGACUCCAUCCGCCUUCGAAGCUGUCAAAAUCGCUCCCUUGCCGACUUUUCCACAACAACAGCAUCAACGCCCUCACAUGGGCCAUCGACGAGGCGUUAGCCUGGAUACUCGGCGUCACCCUCUCAUGUCUUCAACAAUCACAACCACGUCCCAUCAAGACUACUCAACCCUCGUCAGCACGACGGGCCCAGACACAGGAAUACCCACGAGUCUGCCAGCGGCACCACAGGAUAUCCUAGCACAGCAGCAACACCAGGCGCACCUUAUAGCACGCCCUAGCUCCAGCCAAACCGACUACAGUGACCUGUCGAGUGACAGCGGCGACUCGUUUCUACUAUCGCCCCAUGGCACACCACAUCAACGAAACCACUUCAUGGAUGGAUUGGCCUCGCAGGGCCCGAUACCCGAACUGUCCCUGUCCUACGAUACCUACAUAGAUCCCAACUUUGACGCUAUGAUGAAGAGGAACCAGGUCAGCUAUGACAGCAACAACAAUAAUGUCAUGGCCUCAUCGUCCUCUGCCACCCCAAAUUUUGACUUCUUUGCCUCGGACGCGGCGCUCUCCACUCCGAACUUUAUGAGCUUUCCGGACCAAAGCCCCGCAGGGACGGGACAAGGAGGCUGGAUAUCAGAGGGCGAGGCAUCCAACAUCCAGUUGCGCCGAGCGUCAAGGCGGGUAAGCGUUGGAUUAAACAACAGCCUCAUAGACAAACUUGCAAAGUACGAGCCUAUGGCGAAUGGACAGAGGCCAGAAACACCUCCUAUGCACAAUGCCGCCGGAUUCUAUCCCCCAACACCCAUGGAAACACCACACGAUCGCUUCAUGAAACAACAAGCAACACAGCAGCAACAGCAUCAGCAGCAACAGCAACAGCAACAAACACUAAGGCCCAGCAGGUUUGCAGAUGAUUACGACGAGUCGAUGGAGGAAACACUCAAACCCAUACGAGGGCACCGGAGCAAUCGCAACUCGGGCAUUUUCCAGGAACUGCGCCAGCAGGCAGAGGCUAUGGCUGCUGCUGCACCUGCAACGUCCCAAGCCGACAGCAUGCCCACGACGUUCCAAUCGCACACGCUUCCUGCAGCUCAAGACGAAGACUUGUUAAGGAUCCACUCUGACUUCAUCAAGCUGGAGCACGGUUUCACUUUCCCUGACAUGGGGUCGCAGAUGGGGCCACAGAUCGGAUCGCAGAUGCAGGGACUUGGGGGGAUGAGCCCUUUCGACAACAAGCCGGACCUUGGACCUCCAUCAGAAUAUGGCGAUGCUGAUCCACAAGCCGCCAGUCGCCAGAGUUCAGUUUCUCCCUCGCGCCGCGGCUCCCCGCACCGACGAACCGACUCGAUUGCCUCCAUCGCCAGUGCUGCCAGCAUUGCUAGCAUCAACAUUGAAGAGACCAAGACCGAAACUGGCGUGACUCUCGACGACAUUGCCCAGUACAUUGAAGGUCCCGAUCCCGCCGAUGGCAAAUGGGUAUGCACAUACGAAGACUGUCGGAAACGGUUCGGCCGCAAAGAAAACAUCAAGAGCCACGUACAGACACACCUUAAUGACAGGCAAUACCAAUGUCCAACCUGUAAAAAGUGCUUUGUGCGCCAACAUGACCUCAAACGCCACGCCAAGAUCCACACGGGCAUCAAGCCAUACCCAUGCGAAUGCGGUAACAGCUUCGCGCGACAUGAUGCACUCACACGACACCGGCAGCGGGGCAUGUGCGUUGGUGCUUUCGACGGCAUCGUGCGCAAGGUGGUCAAGCGUGGCCGGCCACGGAAGAACAGGCCGGAUAUGGAGGAGAGAAAGGACAAGAGCGAUCGCACGAGAGAUCGGUCAAGGAGCCAUCAUUCGACCAGCAGCUCCGUCAGCAGCUUUUCAGGCUAUUCCGAUAGCUCGGUGCCCAACUCUCCCGGGAACGACUACGAUCACAUAAUCGACGACGAACAGUUCCCUGGCUUGUUGGAUAUGCCAAUGGGAAAUGUUCCCAAUCUGCCACCGAGCAUUGUAUCGGGUCAUGCCGGUCAUGGGCAUGGUGCGAUGCCUAGUUCAUCGACGAUGAACCCGGCUGCAGCUACCAUGUCGGUAUCGUCAGUGUCUUCAGCGCCCAUGCCGAGCUUCGAUCCGAGGGUAAAUGAAGUCAUGAACGUGGACUCGCCAGCAUCGAGAAACUACGCCCAUUCGCCGUCAGCUGUGAGUAACUAUAGUCAUGCAAGCCACCCGUCGAUAUCGAUUACCGAACAUCACGGACCAGGGUCGGAUUUUGGGCUUCCCGGAUCACAGAAUGCUGCAUCGCCAGCCAAGAGUGCUGUGAGUCACUAUACGCCGCCGGAGUUGUCGAGUAGCUCGUCACCACCCACGCAUACCCAGCAGCAACAAGGCAGUCAGGGACCAACGUACUACGAUUUGGAUCCUAGUCAUGGUGGCAUGUCCAACAUUCCAGGUCCCGCCACAAGCAUGGGGAUGGGCGCGGCGGUCGGUCCCACACAUGUCGAUCCAACGAACAUGCUUUUACAUGGGUAUGAGCACCAAAUGGAUCAGAACUUGAUGCUCGGGAACUUGGACGGUAUGACCAAAUUCGAGGUUAUGGAGGGGUACGACGCAGCGACCGAAGUAAAUAUGUUUGGAGAUGCUCAUGAAGGCGAUGGGAGUGGCCACGAUGGGAGUAAUAUGUACUUCGGGUCAUGAGACGAGUGAGCAUGAAGAGGUGGCUGUGGGUUGAUCAUCUGCUUUGCAUCUUUUGUUUUUGGUUUGGGUUUUUGGUUUGCGCUUUUUGGUUCUUUUGUGGGUCCGCGUCGUUGGGAAGGUUAACUUAAUGACUGGACAUCUACCUACCUACUCUUCUGAUCUGUAGAAGAGGCCUAAUGCACACCGCAGGUUAUUAAUGGGACGGCGGCGACUGUCCGACGCGCUUCAAAAGGACAGGGAAUAAUCAUCUCCGGUCAAACGGGGACAACGGGAAGGAAAUGUACGAGUACGGUACUGAUUUGGGGGUUAUUCAAUUUUCUUGGUUCCUCUUCCGUUGGUGUCUGGAAAAUAACAAGGCGGAAAAGGGGAAGAGACAUAAUGGGAAGGCGGUUUAGGAGGAAAGGACGUAUGGACACGAACCCUGUCGGCGUCACUUGUUUUGUUUUGUUUUGUUUACUCUAUUGGAAAGGGGCGGUCAAUAGGUACCUACCUACCUACCUACCUACCUAGGUACAUACGUAGUAGUGUUCAAUGUUUUUUUUUUUUUCUGGCUAGAGCUGUUUUGGGAUAAAUCAAUCUUGGUCGAUUUCUCCCCGUUUUGGAUGAAGCUCGUAUUGCCCCUGCUCGU